UAGCGAGCGAUCUUCAGAUCCGAUAAGGAAUCACUAAAUUAAGGAAAGUAUAUUAUAAUUAAUAUUCGCGAGACCCUUAAUUAUUAAAUCUGAACGCAUUAUUGGCGAAUUGGACAUUGUCAACACCGUCGACAUGUAUUCGAUGGACAAUCUCGAACGAGAUAUGAUGAACCGGCAGUACAUGUAUGAAGCGCACACCUUCCUGGGUAAUCCAGCAAUCCCGGCAUUGCCGCCGCAUUGCGGGGUACCUACCACGACGACGCUUCCGGCGGUCAUCCCGUCGCAGAUCCCGUCGUCCCAUCAUCCAUCUGGUAGCACCGGUAGCACCAGCGGUAGCGAGCACUAUCUCUAUGACGAGAACAGCAGUGACAACGAGAGCGUCUACAGCAGCGAUCAGGAGAAUCACGCGAGAGAACGAAGUCGGAGUAACCGACGCGGCGGACCAUCGGGAAAAUACAUGCAUCGCGAAUAUAAGAGAUCAUCGAGAUGA